AUGCCGGAGGCCAAGGACCUGGUGGUGUCGGAGUUCCACCAUGAGCUCAGCCGCAGCAAGGACAUGGCCGUGGCGGUGGCGGCCAUCAAGGCCCUGGCGUCGGUCAUCAAGCGGAGCAGCGCGUCGACGGUGAUGGAGCUGCAGGCGGAGCUGCGCGCCGCGGCGACGCUGCUGGAGAGGUGCCGGCGGAACGCAAGCGACGGCGGAUCGAUCAGCCAGGGCAGCAGUUUGGGGUCGCAGCGUUCGGUGCUUUCGGCAAUGUUCGGGCUCGAUUUGCGUCGCUGCGCCUGCGGCGGGCAUCCUGGGUCGUCCAUCGCCCGUCCAGGGACCCGCCCGGUGAUUGGUCGGAUGGGUUUGGAAACGGCGUGCGGCUGA